AAAAAAAAAGUCGGCGGUGACUUUUUCUCACCAAAAACAACUUUAGAUAGUAAAGCCGGACGGAAACUUGUUUUAUGUUUACAAAGAAAAAGAAAGAGAGUGUAAACAGACACAAUCAAAAACCCUAAAACCCAUCUUGUGUAUCUAUAUACCAUUUCAAACAGUUUCUUAAACUAUUAGUAGUACUAUAAUAAAUAAUAAUAUAUGGUGGGGAUUCAUGAGUCUUAUUAUUAAUGAUGAUGUUGGGAAAGGUUGGUCGUAGAACAUUAUUAUUAUCAUUGACGAGGGUUGGAACUUCUCAAAAAUGUAACAGAGUUUUGGGAACGAGACGUUUCUCAACAAACAAUCAGGAACCCAAUGAUAAUAAUAAUAAUAAGAAUGGGGAAAGUGCUGGUGGGUUAACUCACCAUGACUCGUAUCGAGACCUCAAAAACCUUGAUUUCAUGACUGCUGCCAAGAUUCUCUUCACUACUCCCCCUAAAGAAAAGAAAUUCGGGCUUGAUUUUCACCUGGUUCAGCUUUUUUUCGUUUGUCUACCUUCACUCGCUGUCUAUUUGGUUGCUCUGUAUGCUCGUCAUGAAAUGAAGAAAAUGGAUGCAUUGCUAGAGAAGAAACAAAUUGAAGAAGCCAAGAAGAAAAAGGCAACUGAAGAUGAAGUAAUGAAGUCCAAUCCACAGCUAUUGGAGGUAAAAGAGAGAUUAGAGAGCUUGGAAAAAACCGUUAAGGAAAUUGUGGUGGAAGCCAAAAACCAACGAAGCUCAAAAGUUUCAGAGCAAUAUGAAGAUAAUAAUAACACACGGCAAGGAAGCAACCCUGCAGUUGAAGAUCGCCCAAGUAAACAAGCUUCCAAUAAAAAGGAAGCACAUGGUGAGAAAACACAGCCUGCAAGCAAGUCUGCUGUUGGAGACCUCCCAAGUAAACAAGCUUCCAACAAACAACAAACACAUGAUGCUGACAAUCAGAGGGCUACACAAGGAGGCACAUCUGGUGAUAAGAAGUAAGCAGCAGAUGUUUAGUCAUGAACCGGGCUCUUCUUUAGGGUAUCUUUGUGAGCAAGGAUCGGACCAUCACAUAUUUUGCAUGAAAUUUUUCACUUGCUGAUCAAAAUGAUGGAGGAUGUAACAGUGAUCAAUGAACUAGUGAUUUGAAAUUCUAGAUUUUAUGCUCAACAUAAUAUUUAGAAGGAUUUUUGGAGUUUU